CGCAGUAUCCACGCCGACACCGUGUCAUUCGGCUGUUGUUAUAGUGGUUAGUGUGUGAAACAUCUUACGGCCUCGCCGGGAAGUUCGUCUCCGUCACAAUUGAAUUAUCGUGCUUAAAACGUGCCCUGGUUAAUUAAUUACUUUUUUAUUUGUUGGAUUACUGCAAGUCGUCAACAUCAACUGCCAUAAUAAUUCAUUUCAAUCAAAAAACUGAAACAAAUAUUACCACAUUCAUUUAUAGAUUAAAAGUACAAACUGUAUCCGAAAUUAUAUAUUCCAAAAGGAAAAAUGUGCAGUAAGUGUAGUGAGUGCUGUCAAGGUUCUAGGCACAGUGUGGAUGCAAGCUCCACCCCUGGAUCUGAUUCAGAGCCAUCAGAAGAAGAAUGGAAUCCAGGUGGUAAAGGUCGCCAGUCCAAUGAUACCGGUGGGUCCGGCAGGCCGGAGGGUGAGGGUGGCUCAAACGAUCUUCCCGGCGGGCGUCGAAGUGGAAGCGGCGGAGUUUUGGGAAUUAGCAUCGGCGGCCGUGUCACCGGGACAUCGGGGGGUGGCGGAGGUCGCUCGAGGGACGAGCCACGUCGGCACACCCUCAGUGGCGAUCACGCGCCCUCCCUGCAUCACCAGCAAUUUAACGCUCAGCAACUUCAUCCCCUGCAUCCCCAUCACUUACCACCGCCGCACGGCCAAUACGGAACUCCACAAAACAGACAUACAACCAUGGAUCUCGAGAUGGGGACCAAGUCUCGCCAGAGAAAGUCGCCUCUUCCGCGAGGAUACCCGCCUCCAUCUACGGCGAUGCUCUUCGAUGAUGACCCGGGAAUCAUGUCCGAAGUGGAAACCUCGAGUACUGGCUUUCGACGAGGGGGUAAGCAAAGAAGUAGCUUACCCGUCGUCCGAACCCCUAGUAAAACUCUGGAGCGACCACUAGGCGACUCCCUAGGGCUGGUGUUUCUGCAGUACAGAAAGGAGACGAAGAGGGCGUUACUACCAAAUGAAAUAACGAGCAUAGAUACAGUUAAAGCUCUCUUCGUCAGGAGUUUUCCUAAACAACUGACGAUGGAAUACCUUGAUAGCCCUGACGUGAAAGUUUAUAUCCAUGAUAGUAGCAAGGAUAUGUUUUAUGAGCUUGAAGAUCACAGGUCUCAUUUAAGAGAUAUUAGAGAUCGAAGUGUCCUUCGAUUAAUCGAAAAAAAUGAUGGACUAAUCGGGAUGACUGGACCACUUGGUGCUACUAUUGGUGGUCCUCCAGGCCUGCCUCCACAUUGGGAGGAUCAAAGCUACUUCAGUGAACCAGAAUUUGACAGCGAAUAUCAACAUCAACACAUUCACAAAAGCAAGACAGCUAAAAACUCUUCCUCUGCCGGGUAUUACAUGGGAGGCAGCAGCACUUUACCAAGAGGUGGACCUAUCAUGAGAGCUUAUAGUCCUGCUGCUCCUGCUGUACUUGCGGGACCAAAUGCAACUCCAGCUCCACCAAAAGCUCUGGGUACGCCAGGUGGUGGUGGGGUGGCUCCAGCCAAGCCGCUUCGGGGUUACCAGUGUGGUAAAAGUCCCCUUGGCAGUCUUGGGGGCUCGGCACGCUUCUCUAGAGACAGCUCGGUGUCCCUCUAUAGUAUACCAGAUCGACUGCAUGGAGAAAGCGGUUACAUGAGCAGUCCAGAACGAGGUGGAGGUGUUGGAGCUAGCUCUGGAAGAUAUCCAGCUGGUCCUUACAGCACAGGAAGCAGCUAUGAAGAACCAUACUAUUCUCAAUAUUCAGGCACGGUUACACCUGUUAUUGAUGAAGAAGCCAGCGAUACUGAAUUAUUGGAAGAAACUUAUGGUCUAUAUGGCGGUGUAAAGCCACCAGGUCGUCCUCCAUCAGGUCCUCCAAGAUCUCCAUUUCCUCCAGGAACUCCUGCUCUACCUCCCGGGCAGGCAUACGACGUUACUCGGAUAAGGGUGGAACACAUGGAAAGACAACUUGCUAAUUUAACUGGGCUCGUACAACAGGCUCUAACACAUGCCCCACACACCAGUCCUUCUCCUCGUGACUAUUUACAAGUCCCUGCAGGACGUGAUCCGUAUACCAGAAGUGCAGGCGCCGGGGAUGAGUUCGACAAACAUUCUAGCUCCAGCUCUGCCUCACUGCCAGAUGACUCGUACUUAAGGACUGACGUAAAACCUCCAAAAUUAGGCAAAGACAAAUCAGUUUCAUUUGAAAAAUCAGUAUCCUUCAGUGAUGAACCACCUGACAUGAAUUCACCAAAGCAACAUUCUCCUCAACAUACAGCGGAUACAAAACCUACGAAACCAGCUAUAAAAUCAUCUACUUUGCCUCGGAUGUCAUCACAAGAAAGAGAUAGACACAAACCUACUCCACCACCUAAGCCAGUGAGUCUCGCAUCAGCCGGCCCAUACGUUUAUAGAGACCUAGCACUCACUCCGGAGAUGUAUAAUCAGUUAAGAGGCCUACAAAAGAAAGCUAAAGAUCUACGUCAGGAAGUUCGGCAUCUACGACGCAUGUCUCAAACUCAAGCUCACACAGUUCGAGAAACAAUCAGAGAUACUUUCAUUACCAUCAGAGCAAUGCUCUUGUCUGGUGCAGACGGAGUCUGGGCGGCUGGAGAUUCAGAAAAAAUUCGACUGAGUCGCGAAGAGGACCUCUACAAGCAAGAGAUGAUUAGGCUGGAAAAAGAUCUUACCGAGCUGGAAAGCACGGUGGAGGAACUGCGAGGGAACGUUAUAAACAGAAAGACACGUGUCAAUAUGAGCGACGUUGAAAAUAUGGCUUUAAUAUUGAGUAAAUCUAGUAAAACUGUAGCAGAUCUAAAGGUACGAUUUCCAAGCCUGCAAGAAAGUAUGAAGGGGUUAUUAAGUUCAGAAAUGGAGAAGGUAGCACGUGAAGAAAAAUUCCUCAAGGAAGAACCAGAUCGACUUGAAUCUGCUUUGAGACGUUGUAAAAAGUUAACUGGCACCCUUGUUACGCUCAAACGUUUGGCAUCGGUGCAAGAGCAGCGAUUACCAAAUGCAGUGAGUUUAGAUUCAGAAGAAACACCACCAAUAACUCCAACAUCUGCACAGCAUUCCAAGACAACUGCCCCUGUGCCAACGGAACGCACUGUCGUGGGGUCAACGAGCGUCAUCGGGGGAGGGACCAACCCUAGUGAAUCAUCCACCCCCCAUCAGCAGCGUCCGGAGAACGCACUCGACGCUCUGUUAGACGAAUUGCAGACCUUUUCAAGACCAUCAUCUCAACUGAGUCAAGUGUCAAAUACCAGUCAAACAUUAAUAAAUCAUAUACCGACAAUGGUAGAACUCGGAAGAUCUGCGAGUCAAAUAGUACAAUCUACUCAUAGUAGAGCGCCAAAUAUAUCAGAUAUAGGAAGAAAAGGGAGCAUCGAUUCAUCAAGCAGUUUAGCAAUCAUCCCCCCUGGGUCUAGUAACACACUGAGAAGAUUACACUCGUACCCUUCAAGUUCAGACACUGAUACAUCACCACCAAUAGCAAGGAUUCAAGUAUCUGAUGGUACAAUACCACCACAGAAACCACCUGUUCCUGAGAGAAAUGCAGAAUUACUACAACUCGCAACAGCUAGAAGAGUACCACCGCCACCACCACCACGAACUAGUUCUAGAUCACCUUUAGCAAGUCCUACGAGUCCUCAAUUACCACCUAGAAAUCCUACGGGAACUUUGAGACGAGGUCGUCCCGUUAAAGAUAUUGGUAAACCUCCAAUGGCUCUUCCACCGAAUGCUGAAGAAGCUCAAAAGCAAGUUUCAACAAACAAUAUGCUCUCCACUUCUAAUUCUAGCUCUUGUGAAAGUAUCAACUCUCAAGAAGGUCUUCAAAAUAAAAAAGAACGCCAAGAACAACUUGAACAACGCCAUCAAGAACUUUUACGUAAGCAGAAAGCUCUUCAAGAACAAUACGCAAGAUUACAGCAGCUUCAGAGAAACACUUCGGGUUUGACGACCAUUCCUCCAGCUCCUCCAGAUCUACUGAAAAAAACUGGCUCUGAAAGUAAUCUGCUUGCUAAAAUGGGUCUUGGUAUGAGUGCUGCUACUUCUGGCUCUUUAACAAGCCUUGCCAUUACUAAGAGUAAUUCUAAUGAUCAAUCAUCAUUAGUAGCAUCAACAGCACCAACAACAACUGUUGAAAGUCAAUCACAAAAUGCCGUCAUGCCAGCUACAGGGAACCAAACAACCACAAAUAAGAUUUAUGAAACUGAUAUUCUGUGACCGAGAACUGAAGUAUGUUGGCUUAAUGAAAGUUAUAAUAUCAUACAAAAAUUGCUGACAUUUUUAGCGGUCAGUUAACAAUGUUAUUAUUGUCUAAUUAUCGAUCGUCAACAUUUUAAAUAUCCGCGUCCAUCAAAGAUAAUUAUUGACACAAAGAUUGAAUAAUAAAAUUUACUCGACAAAAAUAAUAAGAGACGGCUUAAAGGCAAAGUUAAUUUUUAGAGUAAUCUUUUAUCAAGUUAGACUUAAAGAAAAUUUUAAUCCUUUGUUGAAGCACAAGAAUUGCGGAUAUUAUUGAGUUUUAUUUAAGGGUAUACGUGUCUAAUUAAAUAUCACAUAUGUAACCCUUUUAGAUUACAAAUUGAAACAAAAAAUUAUAUUGUCGUUGAUAUCUUUACUUAAGAAGAGAAAAUUUGUUUUGUUAUAAUGUAAAUUUAUAACAAAGUAAAACGUGAUUAUUUAGAGAUUUUCUAAUGAUAUAUACAUAUUCAUACGCAUAAUUGAUUUAAUAAUAAACAAUUUAGAAAAAUACAAAUAAGUAAAUAAAUGAAGGUAUAAAAGUCAUAUAAAUAAUUCUUAAUUCACAAAACGAGUGUGAAAUGGAUUAAUCGAAUGUUGCGACAAUUAUACCGACACACUUUAAAAAUUAAAUUAAUUUAACGUAUAAAUAAUGACUAUUAUAAUAAAAAAGUAAUUAUUAUGAUGAUUAUUAUUAUAAUUAUUAUUAUUAUUAUUGAACGAUCAUGUUUAUUAGAGAAACGAAUAAUUUAGAAAUUGAAUAAAUGUAAUAUUUAAAAAUAAUAUAAUUAAUUGUAACUUAAUGACGAAUUUAAUGAGAUAAGGUAUUUAAACUGCUCGGUUUUGGCUGUCACAUUAUUAGAUGUAUGUCACUGCAGAGUACAUAAUGCUGUCCGAAACUUAUGUAAUUUUUUGUUAAUAAAAAUUACAGUAAGUAAUAGGUGUAAUGCGUUUGCAACCGAACAAAAUGCUGCCGGAUUUGUUGGAGUGUAAUAAAAACCGUAUUUUAUUAAUGCGGUUACUAAGAGUUAUAAUUAAAAUAAUUUAAAUGAUUAUUAAUAAUAAUAAUAUUCUUAUUAUUAUUAAUGAUAAUAGUCAUCAUCAUGAGAAUUUCAAAUUAUCAUAAUAUGUGGUAUCAUCGUUAAAAAAUAAAUCACUCGUCAUAAUUCAUCAAACAAAAAAUUGCUUGAAUUUAACGGUACACUAUGAACGUGAUUCAUUUGUGUGUAAUCGAAAAAUUCAUUAAGUAACUCCAGUAUUAAUUAAAAAAUAAUAAAAUAAAAAUGAAUUUAAAUUCUACUUCUUACGUAAAUGUUUUUCAAACAGACUUAUAGAUAAAUAAUUCUGUGACAAUUAUAAAUAAUGAAUAAGUACUAAAUAUAUAAGGAAUAUUAACUGUUCUCAUAUGAAAUCAGUGACUUCAUACAGUUUAAUGUUUUUUCAAAGAGAAAAUAAUCUGAAUACUGAAGAAGGAUCAACUUGUGGAAUAUGGUAAAACUUUAUGGCUUACAAUUUACUAUUGCCUAUUCAGUUUACGAUGACAAAAAUCAAUACGGAAAAAAAUAAUGCAGGAUCAACCAUUAAAGUUACAUAAGAGUGCCAAGUAAUGAAUAUUUUUUUUUCAAAAAUCUUUCAUCAAUCACCGCUUAUCAGUCUACUUAAACGAACAGUAAUUUUUUUUACGUCAAUAAAAACUUAGUAUACUAUGGAAUAUUUAGAUAAUAUGAUAUAUAAAUAUAUAAAUAAAUAUGUACACAUAAACAAUAACGACGUAAAUGAAAAAUUAUUGAAUACUCAAUGUAUUACUACUUAUCACAAUUGCGACUGAAUGCUAUUUCCUGUUAAAUUUUGUUUUGUUAGAGCAUCUUUGUGCAUAUGAUGAUGAUAACAUCAAGUAGAUCCAUUUGUAAAUCGAUGAUUUAUAUUACUACUUUUGGCCCCUAAAUUUUUCUCAAAUGCUAAUUCAAAACGAAAAAAACA